AUGUCUAAAAAAGAAAAGAAUUUAUCUUCCCUGGAAAACAUUUCUUAUGAAAAUGGGGACGGUCUCACCGAGCACAUAGCAAAGUUGAUAGCACCGCCUGGGAGCGUAUCUCUCAGCUACCAGGAGCACGAGAGGAUUGGUAAGACUAAAGGUGUGAAACCCAACAACGACUUCUGCAGCUACUGCAGCGAGGGUGGAGGGCUAAUAUGCUGCGAGAAGUGUCCUGCUGCCUACCAUUACCACUGCUGCGAACCCCCACUGGAUCCGAACAACUUGCCGUCAGAGGAAUGGUUAUGUAACAGCUGCACCCCUCCCCAACCCAUCUCAGUCGUCAAUCCUUCUAACAAAUAUUUGACGAAUGCAGUGUUCGACAUUGGCCCUGUUCCAACUCCUUACGAACUACCAGAGGAGUUACUACCCACUUCAGAUCUUCCCGGUUCCGAGCUGCAAUCACGGAAACGCCGUCACUUGAACCCCGUUUCCGCGGAACAAAGCAAAAGAAAAUUCAAUUCCUCCUAUCCAUACGAUCUUCAGAAUUUCACGGCAACUCCAGUGUGUUUCAAAUGUGAUAAGAGCGAUCGAGGACAUAGACCCUUGAUUUUCUGCUGUUACUGCCCCCUGGCGUUUCACCUCGACUGCAUAUAUCCGCCCCUGCCAUUCCGUCCCACCGGAAUGUGGAUGUGUCCCUUACACCCGCAAUACAGCAUUCCUAAGUUCCACUCUCUACGAUUGAGUACCAGAAUACUGGCUCACGAAAGUGCCCUGGAGCCUGUUAACGAACAUGCUGUCCGCACCAAGUUUCUGAAGAGAGCUAAAAAGUGUCAAAAUUCGAUAGAAACAGUUCAGAGAAUGACCACGAUACCGGGUGCGGUGGAACAGUAUUACAAGAUAGGACUGGUUUUCUGUCGCAGCAACGUCUCCACCAAAAGCCCGAAAUCUCUAAAGGAACUGAGUGCGGCUAAAGUUUCUGAUAACAUGGUUAAGUCUGAGAGCAGUCCGGCUAGGGUGUCUAGUUUCUGUACAUUAAACGGGUGCAAGCACGCCGCCAAACAGUGCAAGCAUUAUCAUGGUGAGAGUUCUGGGCUGCUUCCUACCAACAGUGCUAAGAAAAAGCCAAUGAGACCUGUUAAAAAGGAGGACGGUGGAAGAUUGGAUGUUCCGAAGCGAGAUAAUGGUCUCAAAGCCCCGGAUAUAAACAAAUUGCUAGACAGUAUGCCAGAGAAUGCAAUAAGAAAAUUAGCGGCUCAAUUUCUCGAACAGAACCACGCUUUGUCAGUUGGGUCAGGGAUACCAAAUGGGGGAAUCGUGUCGAAAGACCCCUCACUGCUCCCUCCACCUCCCUCGCAAUUUUCCAUCCCUCAGCCUCCGACUCCUUCUACUCCCCAUAAAGUUUCAGAGAACUGUUUGCCGCUCUCGCACGUGGUGGCACACUCCUUCCUCAUACAAGGGGACACAAAAUACUCGAUCAAGAAGAACUCCUUCGUUAUCGGAAUAGGUCACCGUGCGGAUCUGAAACUGGAGCCGGACGUGUGUAACGCAGUCUCUCUCCGUCACUGCUGUAUCCUGUUCGACAAGGUUACCGGUAUCCACGAACUUCUGAACUACUCCGAGUACGGUACGGUUGUUAACUCCCUGUUUUACGGUUGCAGCUCCACCCCCCACUCCGUCACCCGGUGUAUCUGCUCUCCCAAGGUCCCCGUACAUGGGUGGGAGGGACCCUGUCAGUUGCCCAACGGAGCCGAGAUCCAAGUGGGCUGCCACAAUUUUACUUUCCGAACUAACCCCGAGUUUGCUUGGAGCCCCGAGCUGGUUAUACACUCGGAUAGGGGACACGCUGAACAGGCUCCGCACAACCUCGAUUUUUUGUCAUGAUGUGUUUGUGUCAGCUGAUUUUGUGCACUUUAAACUCCCACAUGCCCGGUUAAUGUAAAGGACCGUCCACCAUAGUAAUUUAUCAGUCCCCUAAAUUUGUUCAAUGGAUUAUAUUAGCGGACGAUCUUGAUCAGUUAUCAGCUCCGACUAAAUUCUAGAAUCUGGCAUCCAGAUUUCAGCUUGAGUUAAUCCAUGUUGGUUUAGUACCGUAAAUCGAAUUUAAGGAAUUGAGUUGUUUGUUGGUAGAAUAUGGCAUGUGCCCCAGAAACCCUGUAAAUAGAUACUCUUAAUUGAUAUAAACUCUGUUUCUAUGGUAACAAUUGCAAUUUCUAUUUAUUAUCUGCAAUGUACGUUGCACCAUAUUACAA